AUGAAGUACAAUGACAAGUGUUAUAACAUAACUGGGUGUCGGUAUUGUGAAUGUAAAGAUGGAGCGAAUACUUUUAUUAUCGAUAACAAUGACAAGAAUCGCAGAGGAAGUUGCAUCAAGGAUGAAGAAUUGCAUCUGGAAGGAGCUUUAAAAUCAGCUGGCGGAAAAGAUGUCAAACAUAUCCCUCAAUUUCCUGUUGUUGUCGUUUUUACAGACUCUUACGAUGAUGCAUUCAAUCUUGAAAAUACGGUGACGAAGAAGUGUUUGAAACAAUCUGACGUGUUCGUGUAUAGUACGUCUUGUGGCGAUUCAUUCGAUCAGAAAUGGAUACGUCUCGAUAGAGUCAAUAAACAACUGAUGAAUGUGAAAUCACUUCGUUGUAUCACAUUGGGAGGAAAAGAUGCACUAGUAACAAUGCAACCAUGUCAAAAAUCAAAAUCGGAUUUUCAAAAACUAGCGUGCUACCAAAGAAACAAGAAAGGAAGAAUUUUUUGGUCGUUUUUUACUUCGUUUCUAGCAGAAGAUCAGGCUGGAGUGGGCGUUUCGGGGUACAAUCGCGGUCAGUUUUGGAAAGCACAUCAAAAUGACAGUAAAAUGAACGUUUGCAAGUUAACAGAUUACAAAGGCUGCUAUCGUUUUUCUGAUGGCAAUUUCGUGAAAUUUUUGAAAUUCAACCAAAGCGCAAACGUGGAAAAUUUUCAUAUUUCUGCACCGAUCUACGACGAAAAUGACAAUUGUAAAGUGGAAAAAAAUUCACGUUUACAAAAGACGGCAAGGAAACGUACCAAGAGGAUUCAAAAAAUCUUUUUACAAUGA